CUUGGUUUAGAAACGUCGUGAGAACGGCGCGUCCAAACAAAGUUUUUUCUGGAAACUUGGCGAUUUGAGUGUUUUACCCUUCGUAAAGUUAAUCGUUUCUGUUUGAAACCUACAACGCGAGCCACCUGACAAAGGACACAGGCAGAAUUUAAAGGAUUGGAGGAAUGUCUCUUCCAAAACGGGAGGUGGAGGAAUUAAGGCCAUGGGUGGAGCGCACCGUGAAGAAGGUGCUGGGCUUCUCUGAGCCCACAGUGGUUACUGCUGCUUUGCACUGUGUGGGGAAGGGACUGGACAAAAGGAAGACUAUAGACCAGCUGCGUCCCUUCCUUGAUGACUCUGCUGGAGGUUUUGUGGAGCGUCUCUUUGAAGCUUUGGAGGAAAGCCGCAGUGCCCGUGGCAACAAAGGAGCAGGAGAAAAGCACCGCAAGAGAGACCUUAAGGAUGUUUUUGGUGAUGAGGCUGAAACUGGAGCAAUGCGAGAAACUCCCGAGCCAGGAGACGGGGCGGCUCCUAAGCGGAAGCGGGUGCCACGCUUUGAGGAGGUGGAGGAGCCUGAGGUCAUACCUGGACCUCCAUCUGAGAGCCCUGGCAUGCUCACCAAAAUGCAGAUAAAACAGAUGAUGGAGGCAGCAACAAAACAGAUAGAAGAGAGGAAGAAACAGCUGAGCUUUGCCUCUUCAGUCCCUGCAGCACCAACACAGAUGGAAACUCCAGUCUCACGACUUCUUGGCAAUUCUGCUGCUGCAGCUGCAGGUGGUGCAGCAUCUAUUGCCCCCUCCCAGGCUGCCAGCUUCAUGAAUGAUGCUAUCGAGAAGGCCCGAAAGGCUGCUGAGUUGCAGGCCCGCAUCCAGUCCCAGUUAGCCAUGAAACCUGGUAUUCUUGGAGCCUUGGGGAACACUGGGCCUCACAACUUAGUGGCACUAGCUAAUCUACAUGCUAUGGGAAUUGCUCCACCGAAAGUAGAAGUCAAAGAGGUGAACAAGCCCACGCCUCUUAUUCUGGAUGACAAGGGAAGAACUGUAGAUGCAAGUGGCAAAGAGGUUGAGCUUACGCACCGGAUGCCCACUCUGAAAGCAAACAUUCGAGCGGUAAAGAGGGAGCAGUUCCGUCAGCAGCUGAAGGAAAAGCCUGGGGAUGACUUGGAGUCCACGUCCUACUUUGACCAGCGUGUGUUUAUUACACCAGCUCAGCGCCCUCGCAAGGGCUUCAAAUUCCAUGAGCAGGGACGCUUUGAGAAAAUCGCUCAGAGAAUCAGAACUAAGGCCCAGCUGGAAAGGUUGCAGUGUGAGAUUGCCCAGGCCGCAAAGAAGACAGGAAUCCAGGCAUCCACCAAGCUGGCACUGAUCGCCCCUAAGAAAGAGAUCGGAGAAGGAGAGGUGCCCGGCAUUGAGUGGUGGGACUCCUUCAUCCUGGCCAACAACAUAGAAAUGACACCUGACACAAACUUUGAUAACUUGGAGUUCUUUGGAGUGACCAACCUGGUGGAACAUCCUGCGCAAAUAAGCCCUCCAGUUGACACAGAUAAGCCAGUAACGCUGGGUGUAUACCUGACAAAGAAAGAACAGAAAAAACUGAGGAGACAGACGCGAAGGGAAGGACAGAAAGAAGUUCAAGAGAAGGUUCGUCUGGGACUGAUGCCUCCACCAGAACCUAAAGUACGCAUCUCUAACCUGAUGAGGGUGCUGGGGACGGAGGCGGUUCAGGACCCAACAAAGGUGGAGGCACAUGUCAGAGCACAGAUGGCCAAGAGACAGAAGGCUCAUGAGGAGGCUAAUGCAGCCCGCAAGCUAACAGCAGAACAGAGGAAAGAGAAGAAAGUCAAGAAGUUAAAAGAAGACCUCACUGAUGGUGUUCACAUUGCUGUAUACAGGAUUCGUAACCUGCAAAAUCCUGCUAAGAAGUUUAAAGUGGAGGCCAACGCCAAUCAGCUGUACCUGACAGGCACUGUAGUUCUGCACAGAGACGUCAACCUUGUUGUGGUAGAGGGAGGCCCUAAAUCCCUGAAAAAGUUCAAGAGGCUGAUGAUGCACAGAAUCAAAUGGCAGGAACACAACAGUAAAAGAGAGGAUCCAGAUGGUGAUGAUGAUACAAAGAGAAACAACAAGUGCUAUUUGAUUUGGGAGGGCACAGCUAAAGAGCGUAGUUUUGGAGAUAUUAAGUUCAAACAGUGCCCCACAGAGAACAUGGCCAGAGAACACUUCAAGAAACACGGCACAGAACACUACUGGGAUCUAGCUCUCAGCAUGAGUGUGUUGGAAACCUCAGAUGACUGAAUCUCUCCUGGAGAGUGCAUCAUUUCAGUCAACAUCCCCUUCUUCAAGCCCCCCAGAUGCACAGCCUCACAGCCAGUCAGCCCUCACCGAUGACCGGCUGCCCUCAACUGGGGUCAGACAGACUUCACCAAGAGACAUGAGAAUAGAAAAGGAGGAACAAUAAACCUGUGUGGAUGGUUUUGCAAGAUCGUUUGAAAGAUUUGUGUGUGUGUGUGUGUGUGUGUGUGUGUGUGUGUGUGUGUGUGUGUGUGUGUGUGUGUGUGUGUGUGUGUGUGUGUGUGUGUGUGUGUGUGUGUGUGUGUGUGUGUGUGUGUGUGUGUGUGUCAGUGUUCAUCUUGUCAGUGGUAGGCUCUUCUGUCAGAUAUUGUUUUAUCUGUUAUUGAAUACAAGGUGACAGACUGCACUGUGUGAUGUCAAUCGCUCACCCAAGGCUUUACGUGAUGAUGAGAAAUGCUGUCAGAUGUUAUGACUUUUGUGGUGAAAUCCUCCAUGUACACUGAUGAUGAUGAUGAUGAUGAUGAUAAUAAUCCCUGUUUGAGUCAGUUAAUUAAAAACACCCCAUCAGAGAAUGAGUGCACUGCUACAGUAAGUGCUAACACAUUUACAGUAAACCUGCAAAGAAUCCUGGGUAAUGUUGCUACAUUGUUAUAAGACUUUUUGUCAUUACAUGUACAUUUCACAAAAUUUAAAGCUCCCAAUUUCAUUUUUUGUUUAAUUUGGAAAAAUAAGCAAGUCCUUAACUCACCUGUAGCUAUAUUUCUCUAUAACGUUACAGUCACAGCCUUAAAUAAACAACAAAAUGUAA